GAGCAGUGGAGAAGCAGGAAUGAAAGACAAUAGAAAGCUCCACAAAGACCACGCUUCUAGAGGCUCUUAUAAACUUUUGAUAUUUUCCUAUACUUAACACAUAAGGUUUUGGUCAAGAAAAUGGCCACCUCAACAAGUUCUAAGCUGAACAAAGCUGUUAAGCACCAGUACAUGGACCUCCCUCAGGGGGACAAGGUUCAAGCCAUGUACAUCUGGAUCGACGGUUCUGGAGAGGGACUGCGCUGCAAGACCAGAACUUUGGAUUCUGAACCCAAGACGAUCGAGGAUCUUCCUGAGUGGAACUUUGAUGGCUCCAGCACGUACCAGUCAGAGGGCUCCAACAGCGACAUGUUCCUGAUCCCUGCAGCCAUGUUCAGGGACCCGUUCAGAAAAGACCCCAACAAGCUGGUGCUCUGUGAAGUGCUCAAGUACAACGGCAAGCCUGCAGAGACCAAUCUGCGCAACACCUGUAAACGGAUCAUGAGCAUGGUGGAGAAUAACCACCCGUGGUUCGGUAUGGAGCAGGAGUACACUAUCCUGGGCACGGAUGGACAUCCCUUCGGCUGGCCCUCCAACGGCUUCCCUGGUCCACAAGGGCCUUAUUACUGCGCAGUGGGAGCAGAUAAGGCGUACGGACGCGACGUAGUGGAGGCGCAUUACAGAGCCUGUCUGUACGCUGGGGUUGACAUCUGUGGCACCAAUGCUGAAGUCAUGCCAGCUCAGUGGGAGUUCCAGGUUGGGCCUUGUGAAGGCAUCAACAUGGGGGAUCAUCUGUGGGUUGCUCGCUUCAUCCUCCACAGAGUGUGUGAGGAUUUCGGCGUGGUGGUCUCCUUUGACCCCAAACCGAUCACGGGGAACUGGAACGGCGCCGGCUGCCACACCAACUUCAGCACCAAGGAGAUGCGAGAGGAUGGCGGACUGAAAAUCAUCGAGGAGUCGAUCGAGAGGCUGGCGAAGAGACACAUGUACCACAUCCGGGCCUACGACCCCAAAGGCGGGCUCGACAAUGCCAGGCGCCUCACCGGCCGCCACGAAACCUCGAGCAUCAACGAGUUCUCGGCUGGCGUGGCCAAUCGGGGAGCCAGCAUUCGCAUCCCUCGCUCGGUGGGGCAGGACAAGAAGGGCUACUUCGAGGACCGCCGUCCGUCCGCCAACUGCGACCCUUACAUCGUCACAGAGGCCAUGGUGCGCACCUGUUUACUCAAGGAAGAGGGAGAGGAGCCCACAGAUCACAGCAAAUGAACAGUCUUAAGACCAAGUGUCAUUACCAUUACUAUAUCUAGCCAUGUCUUUUUUUCCCAGACUUUAUGGAUUGAUCUUUAUCAUUCUCAAUUGUUUACUUGACAGGUGAAACAAUAAUUGAGGUAUACCUGCAUUCUUUGUGCGUUCAGUUGUAUGCAGCAAGUCUUAAUCUCCAACACAAACACUGCCAACAUGUUUUGUCAUGGCUGAUAUAUAUGUAUAGAAUGACAUAACCGUACUGUGUUUAACUUGUACUGAUGAAAAACUGUCUAUAACUGCGGCAGGGUUUUUCUGGAGAUCUUGUAACUCUGACCCAAAGGAUCCCAGAGGCAUUAGAAUCAUUUUUAGCAGUCUUGGCCUCUGUCACAAUGGUGGUUGUAUCAUGUUGUGUAUAGAUAGGGUCAAAUGUAAGCCAAUCUACUUUUGUAUGUUUUAUUUUUUUAAUUAUCCAUAUAUGUUUUUUCAUGUGUCAUUGUCAAAGAAAUGAAUGAAUUAAUCCCACGUG